AUGCCUUCCACAGAAGCGCCGGAUAAGACGACGUACAACGACAAGUAUGUCGUUUUGUACGAUUUUAGUGAAAUAGACCAUGAUACUGCUGUCAAGGAAAUCAAAACUUUGCUGCAGGAUCUUGAAGAAACUGGCCUUCACACUGAAGUCAGAGCCGGUUACGAACAAAGCCUUCUCAUCUUUGUCAGAGCGCCUCACGAGUUACUCGGAAACUGGGUAUACAAGUCAAGAGUCAAAGAUUGGCUGUAUGGAAUCACUCCCACUCAUCCAGGCGGCGACAAAAAUACCGUCGUGAAGGGCGCUUACGAAUCUGAGGAUAUCCUCUCGGUUUAUCAUCUCGUCAACUGGUCCAAGGAUCUUGGCGGUGCGGGGAUCACCCCAGGUAUUGGACAAUGGGGGAAUGUCAAGGCCAUUUUCCCUAUUCACAAUACCAAGCUCAACCAAACGAUAUUGAGUCAUCUGAGUCGAAAGCUUUUCCUCACGGCUGAAGAUAUUGACUCUAUCCGGGAUAUGCACGGAUCAAAAGUCGCCUUUUACUAUGCCUUCAUCCAGGUUUAUACCGUUUUCCUGACAUUCCCCGCUGUCACUGGAGUCAUUGCUUGGCUUUGGCUUCCAAAGUAUUCUCUUGCUUUCGGUAUUCUGACUAGUGUUUGGUGCACCGUUUUCCUGGAAUAUUGGAAGAUUCAAGAGACUGAUUAUAGUCUACGAUGGAACGUCAAGGGUAUUCAUCACCUCAAGGUGAACCGCUCACAGUUCAAGUACGAGAAGGAAUACGUCGAUGAGGCUGGCCGCAAGCAUUAUUACUUUCCCCGUUGGAAGAAAGUCGUCCGACAACUGGCGCAGAUUCCAUUCCUUCUUUGCGCAUUCGUGGCUCUUGGAAUCACCAUCAUUGCCGUCUUUGCCAUUGAGAUCAUGAUUUCGGAGACUUAUGCUGGACCUUACAAGGACUAUCUCGAGUACCUCCCCACGAUCCUUCUCGCCGUAUCCCUCCCGUGGAUUACCGCCAGUCUCGAAGACGCGGCAGAAUGGAUGACCGAAUACGAAAACCACCGCACAGCCGAUCUUCACGAAAUGUCACUCACUCAAAAGAUUUUCGUUCUCAACAUGAUCACCAACUACCUCCCCAUUUUCCUUACAGCGUUUAUCUACAUUCCUUUCGGUGGCGAUGUCGUUCCUAAGCUUGAGGGUCUGCUCGUCAAGGCUUUUGCGAGCGUUGGUAAGAAAUUCGUUCACCAACCAUUCCAUCUCGACGCAGACCGUCUACGAAACGAAGUUAUCGCUUUGACUGUCACUGGUCAAAUUUCUGGUUUCUUCGAGGAGAAUAUUGUUCCUAUGCUCAAGCAUAAAAUGUCGGAUUGGUAUCGUGAUUACCGACGUUCGCGAUCUCAAGGCGAUAUGCUAUUGGCUGUCGUAAAGGACGAUCCCGAAGAGACAGAAUUUCUAUCCCGUGUCCGCAACGAGUCGAUCCUCCCCAAGUACAACGUCCAGGACGACAUCUCCGAAAUCGUGCUCCAAUUCGGUUACCUCGCUCUCUUCUCGCCAGUCUGGCCUGUCAUUCCUUUAGGUUUUCUAAUCAACAACUGGAUCGAACUCCGCUCCGAUUUCGCAAAACUCUCCCUCGAACACCAACGCCCCGCGCCCGUUCGCUCCGACGGAAUCGGCCCAUGGAUCUACUCCCUCGAAGCACUAACCUGGCUCGGCAGCAUCUGCACCGCCGCAAUCGUGCAUCUCUUCAGCGCAGGCAGAGUCGGCAGUCUCGUAGGCCAAUGGGCCACUCUCCCCGUAACAAUCUUCAUCAGCGAACACACCCUCCUUCUCCUACGCUCCCUGGUCCGCUUCUGUCUCCAACAAAUCGGUUCCGAGCGUAUCCGGGAAGAUUACAACCAGCGCUACGCCGUGCGGGUGAAGCAUCUUGAGGAAAUCGAGACGAAGAAGCAGAGCGGUCUUGCUGUGCGAGAUGCGCAUCGUGAGCGACGCAAGAGUGUGCUUGUUAUGGAACGGGAUCCUUUCUGGACGAAACAGGUUGAGCAUGGGACUAGUGAGGUCGCUGGUGUAACUUUGAUUCAGCAGGUUAAGAAGAAUGAGUCUUCUGAGGUUCAGGAGAAGACUGAUUAG